UCCCCCAUGGCCCCGUGGAGCCGAGAGGCGGUGCUGAGUCUCUAUCGGGCUCUGCUGCGCCAGGGCCGAGAACUUCGCUACACUGAUAGAGACUUCUACUUUGCCUCCAUCCGCCGUGAGUUCCGGAAAAAUCAGAAGCUAGAGAAUCCUGAGGCCCGGGAGAAGCAGCUGGAGAAGGGCCUCGUCUUCCUCCGCAGCAAACUAGGGGGGCUUAUUUAGGAUCCUCUCUUUCCCCUCCCACUCUAAUUUCAAGGGAAAGAGGACAAAGGUGCCUUCUGUAGACAUUCCUGCUCUCUUCCAGCCCCUCCUCACAGAUGCAUUAAGACUCCUCAGGUGAGCAAUGGCAGGCGCUGGUGAGCGCAAAGGCAAGAAGGAUGACAAUGGCAUUGGCACAGCCAUUGAUUUUGUGCUCUCCAAUGCCCGGCUGGUGCUGGGGGUGGGUGGAGCAGCCAUGCUGGGCAUCGCCACACUGGCGGUUAAGCGGAUGUAUGACCGGGCAAUCAGCGCCCCAACCAGUCCCACCCGCCUGAGUCAUUCAGGGAAAAGGAGCUGGGAAGAACCAAACUGGAUGGGCUCCCCCCGACUGCUGAACAAGGACAUGAAGACAGGCCUGAGCCGGUCCCUACAGACCCUUCCCACAGACUCUUUGGCCUUUGACACAGAUACAUUCUGCCCGCCCCGGCCCAAGCCAUUGGCCCGGAAGGGCCAGGUAGACUUGAAGAAGUCACGACUCCGCAUGUCCCUGCAGGAGAAACUUCUUACUUACUACCGGAACCGGGCAGCCAUCCCUGCUGGAGAGCAGGCUCGGGCCAAGCAAGCUGCCGUGGACAUAUGUGCUGAGCUCCGGAGCUUCCUACGGGCCAAGUUGCCUGACAUGCCACUUCGGGACAUGUAUUUGAGUGGCAGCCUCUACGAUGACCUGCAGGUGGUGACAGCCGACCACAUCCAACUCAUUGUUCCCCUUGUGCUGGAGCAGAACCUGUGGUCAUGCAUCCCUGGUGAGGACACCAUCAUGAAUGUCCCUGGCUUCUUCCUGGUUCGUCGUGAGAAUCCGGAGUACUUUCCUCGUGGUAGCAGUUACUGGGACCGCUGUGUUGUCGGGGGCUACCUCUCCCCAAAGACAGUAGCAGACACUUUUGAGAAGGUUGUGGCUGGCUCUAUUAACUGGCCGGCCAUUGGGUCCCUCUUGGACUAUGUGAUCCGGCCAGCUCCACCUCCAGAGGCCCUGACACUUGAAGUGCAGUAUGAGCAGGACAAACAUCUUGUCAUUGACUUCUUGCCAUCAGUGACCCUUGGUGACACUGUCUUGGUGGCCAGACCACACCGGCUAGCCCAGUAUGACAACCUGUGGCGGCUGAGCCUGCGUCCUGCUGAGACAGCGCGUCUGCGGGCUUUGGACCAGGCUGAUUCAGGCUGCCGAUCGCUGUGCCUCAAGAUACUCAAGGCCAUAUGCAAGUCCACUCCAGCUCUAGGCCCCCUCACUGCCAGCCAGCUAACCAAUGUCAUCCUCCACCUGGCCCAGGAGGAGGCUGACUGGUCUCCAGAUAUGCUAGCUGACCGUUUCCUGCAGGCUUUGAGGGGACUCAUCAGCUACUUAGAGGCAGGAGUCCUGCCCAGUGCCCUAAACCCCAAGGUGAACUUAUUUGCAGAGCUCACCCCUGGAGAAAUAGACGAAUUGGGAUAUACUCUCUAUUGCUCAUUGUCUGAGCCGGAAGUGCUGCUGCAGACAUAGGGCAGUGAAGGCCAGAGCAGGUGUUGGGCGGUCAGGUACUGGAGUCUCCGAUAGAAACAGCUGGCUACAUGGCUGGUGCCUCACAGGGUCCCUAGGUGCCUCCUGUCUUGCUGGCCAUCUUCCUGGUCACUUCAUGCUGAUUAGAAUGACAUCUCUUCGAUCUCCUAUUUUCUCACCCAACCCUUUUUAUUUUUGUUACCAAACACUGUGCUCCCUACUCCCCGCCUUGCUCCAGGUUGAUUUUUUUCUGGAAUGAAUUGAGAAGGUGCAGUGCUGGCCUGAGUUGUUGAGACCACUGGGGGUUUUGCAUUUUGGCCCAGGUUUCCUUUUGCCUCUUCCUGUUCAGUGUCUUUUCUAUCUUUUCCUCUUGUUCAUGCCUUCUGUUUUGCUCUUGUCCUUGGAGCAUAUCUGCCUAAUCAAGGUGUUGCCUUUUAGUUGAAUAUCACAGAAGAGCUGUGACUGCAUAUUUGCAAGCUGAACUCUGCAGAGUGAGUGCUGAGACAGUAUUUAGGGUUUCUGGGGCUGAGGCUGGUGGAAAGGAGCCGGCUUUUGACCCUGGUUCCUGGAAAACAAAUCCAUCCUCCCCGUCCCCUCAACUUGAAUUCUUAAGUGCUGAUAGCAUCUCUCCUGGGAACAUGGUUGUCAACCCACACAGGAUGAACUGGAUGCAGAGUUAUUUGGAGAUUGUAUUUCUUAGUGAACCAUCAGCAAGACCACAGGAUUGGGGGUGGGAGAGACGGGUUCAGAGGGCCUGGUGGAGGGCUUGCAUGCCCACUGUCUGUCUCUCCAUGUCUCUGUGAGCCAGACAAGGGAGGGAUGGGGCAGCACCUCCCGUGGGUGCUGGCUUCGUCUCUUUCCUUCUCUGUUGCCAACAGAACAAGGCCUUGUAGGAACACAGCCUCAGCAGCAGAGGCUCAGUGUCAGCUGGAAAACUCAGUCCCAGUUGGGGCCUGGUGCCUGUGUGUGGUCCCCCCAGUGGGCCCUGCCUUUCUAGGAGGCUGCCUUAGAGUAAGGACAGGCCCAGCAGCCAGUCCUCCUUCCUGCAGUGUCUGCCACAGCAGUGGGAGAGGAGUGUUUGCUAAGCGUUCCUGGCAUCUCCAGAGGCCGAGGGGCAAACGAACAUGCACAGCCCUCCUUCCCUGGUCUUGCCUUUCACUUGACAGCUGGGCAGAUGGGUGCUAGCCAGGGAGAGAGGACCCGGAAGAAAUUGCAGAAGAGGGAGGCGGGCACUCCCCACAUUCCUUCCUGUUUCCUGCUGCUAAAAUUGCGCUACUUAUGGCAAUGGAUGUAUAUCCUGAGGGCAGGGGGGGAGUGGUUAAUACUCAUCAGUGUGUCUUCCUGAUUUGUAUUUUUUUCCCUGUUGGAAGCAAGAGGCUGACAGCAGUUCUCUUUCUGAUCUGCCUAUUCAGUAUUUUGUUCUCCCAUCAAGUCUUAAAUUCUUUACUACCUCUCCAUCAGUGGGAUUCUGGGAAGCUGUCUCAGCCCUUCCCUGACAGUGACAUGAUUCUUUAAAUAGCACUGACACCUCGGCAUCCCAGAGUUUAGGGCAGAGAUAGGUGUCGUCCCUUUUUUGUCAGAUUCGGAGGUUAGAACUAGGGUAGCCUGGCUGUUUGGUCUCUGCCUCUUCUCUGGUACAUACACAAGGAGUCCUUGUGGGAGUCCAGUUGUUUCUGAAAAGGCAAGAACCUUGACAGCCGAGCUGUCAAAGGGGAGUUUAAAACCUCUGUGUGCCUGCGUACUACCUGGGUGACUGAUGUGGAGGGGAUGGAGUGGGACCUGACAUUGAGAGCUCGGAUGACCCAUCUAGAGCCCAGUAGAGGGGAGGGUUGAUAGCUACAGAAGCAGAUUAUUAUUUGUUGAGAUAAAGGAUUUGGUUUCCAAAGUAAAUUUUAUAAAUAUUAUAAAACUUUAAAAAUUCCCAAGUUGCCAUCUCUGACUAAAUUCUAUAUAAAACAUUGGGAAGAACUCAAAAAUAAGAAAAAAAAAAAAAACGCUUUAAAGACCCUCAAGAUUUCAGAGUCCCGAAUUAUCAAAGCCAAGCAUACCUGAAUUUAGGUGAGGAAAUGAGUUUAUUUCCUGUUUUUCAGGGCAACUCUGACUUAAUUAUUCUUCACAAAACCAUAACUUCAUUUUAGAAUUGAGCCUCUUACAAGUCCUCAGAAGCCUUGGUCCUUGGGUCCGCUGACUGGGCUGGCUGUCCUCUUGCUGCCAUUUUCCUCACAAUAAAAUGUGGAUGAUGACCAAGUGCUCUGGGCUGCUUGGAUGGAAGACGACAAAAUUCUGCCUUUUUAAAAACUCUUUGGGGAAAGAUGAAGUAGCUGUCUCCAUUACUCUGCCUCUCUGUUCAGCGUCUCCCACUUUUGCCUUGAAGGAACAGCACCUGCUUUUCCUCUUCCCUCUGGAGAUCCUGUUGGCACCAUCUAGAUUAGCAAACCAUAUACUCAGCUUGAUGCCUAAAAUGUACUCAUUGUUAUCUCAAACACCUAAAAACUCCAUGUUUAUUUUGGUUCGUCCCUGUUUUGCCUCUUUCUAAAAAAUGAGUUCUGGAUAGCAGUAUUUUUCUUUUUAUCUUGGUUUUGACUUUUAAAAACUAAAGGAAAGAAAUGGUGAAGGCUACGUUUGGAAAAGCUAUGUUGAGGUGGUCUCUUGGCGGCUGGGUCUUGGCGUGAUUGUCUACCUGUUCACAUUCCAGAUGAGCUGAUUUUGCUUCCUUGUUUUCUACUCAAGCUCAAAUGGUUUAGAGGAAGCAUCAGCCUCAAGAUCAAGGGCCCUGGAGAGGCUCUGAGGGGGUUUCUGUAGGGAGGCAUCACCUUGUGUCCAGAGUCCUCGGCCACGCAUGGUACGCUUUCACUGGGUUAGAACAUUAACUCUCAAAAGAGUUGCUAGAACUCUGCCCUUUUGCCUUAAGUUUAAGGUGAAGGAGAAUGGCAAGAGACAUUUUAGGACUAGAGCUGAUUCCUGCCACAGGAUGUAGCCUUUUUAUAAAUUAUUUAUUAAAGAGUGGCCCAAAUUCCAGAAAUGUGGGUUCUGUGGUCAGCUGCAUACAGGGUGUUGUUUACCUUUUCCUUUUGAUCACCUCAUAGUCUCUUAAGUUCUUGGUCCUUGAGGUCAAGUCUACAACUUAACUUCCAGUCACUUGCCUGCCCUUCGGUGGUGGCUGAUGUGUUAGUUCAUAGACUGGAGUCCACCACCAGUCUUCGUGUCCUGUCUUGGCUAGGACUAUAUAGGAGCAGCUUAGCCCUGAGACCCAGAGAACCGUUAUCCUUUUUUUCUCCUUGAGGGAGGAAAUUUAACUGGGGAACACAAUGUCCUUCCACAGCAUGGGAAGAAGAAAAUAAAAAUCUUUCCAACAACUUUGA